GUUAUAGUUCGGCGAACAUCUACACAAAAUUUGCAUCACAUAAAAUAAAAAUUUUGCAAGAUGUAAAUAAUUUAAUUGGGCAGCGCCAAUUAAAGUUAAAGACUCGAUAACUAUAUCGAUAGCUUAUCGAUAUACUUACACACAUUGGCAACACAGUUAUCACAGCUGUUUAAUUUUUGUUUAUAAACGUUUGUAAAAGGUACGCCAUGGAUACUAAAAAGAUAUCCUUUGGUUUUAGCAAGGUGGCUAAAAAGCCAAAUAUAUUGCCCAGCAAAGUUACAAAAGAAGAAAACAAAGUAGAGCUUAUCAAAUGCCUCGAAGGGAAGGAAAUCAAAUUGGUCACAGAAAAACAAGAAGUUGCACCACUUGUCAUACAAAUGCCUACUAUUCAGAAAACAUCUACAGCGCUGGCAAGUCUAAUGAAACGACGAGCUGUUUUGAUGGGCGAAGAGGACGUCGACCCCGAAGAAUCCACUGCCGAACCGCAAUCUAUCGCUGAAGUAACUGCUAAUAGCGAUGGUGCUAGCUUGGAGCAACGCGCCGCACGCGAGUUGCUUGCAGCCGCGAACGUCAACGGCAAUGAUAUUAUAGAUAAUGAAAAGCUUGUAUUACCGGCGCUGAAAGCUGAUGAGCUGCCUCUGAAUGGGGCCAAAGAAGCAACCUUAGACGACUAUGACUCAAUACCAAUACAACAGUUUGGUUUAGCGAUGCUGCGUGGCAUGGGUUGGGUGGAUCCGCCGCCUAAGAAAAAAGGCGCCGCUCCGGUAGACGAGGCUCCUUUUUUGAGGCCCAAAGGCAUGGGGCUGGGAGCGGACAAAGCUUUGAAACCGAAGGCGUUGCUGGUGCAGCCCGAGAAAAACGAAAUAUUGGAAAUCAAAAAGCAAGCCUACGUGCGCAUCUUGGGUGGCAAGCAAAAAGAUCAGUAUGGACAGAUUGAGGGCUUUGACGAUCAUGCAGGUCGUGUGAUUGUUAAAAUGGCGAUUGGAGGUAACAAGGAGGCAUUUAAUGAGUUUCUCUGCCAGCCCGUCUCUCGCAAGGAAUACUCGCAGUACGGCAAGUGCAUAAAUACAGCAAAAUACGAGGAGUUUAAGAAGCAGGAAAACGAGCACGGCCAAAUAAUUAUCAAGCAAGAAAAAUCAACUGAGAGAACCAGUGUAAAGACAGAGAGUCGAGAUAGAAUGCAUGAGGACGAACGUAAAUCGUAUAGAACAAAAGACGAAGAGAGAAAGCCUCAUAAAACAGAGCAUCGCAGUGUCAACCAAGAUGAGCGUCGAGUUGAGAGCAGAGAUUACAAAGACGAACAAAGUACAUCCCAUAAAAGAGAGGAACGAAACCCUUAUAGAGCAGAAGACCGAGGAAAAGCUGAGAGCAGCAAAACUAGUCGAUACUAUGAACGUGAUCAGGAUUCUCUAAAGAGUAGUAGCACAUCUAAAUCCAGCAGUCGUAGGCGACAGCAAAGCAGCUCAGACGAAGCCGACGAUACGGACGAAUCAACAGAAAGUGAUUGUGAUUCCGCCUAUGAGCGCAGGUCCAAAAAGAAGUCAAAAACUGGAAGCAGCAGCAAUAAAUCCAAGAAAAGAAAGUCAAAGAAAUCGAAAAGUAAAUCACACCGUCAUCGGCGUUCUUCAACCACGAGCGAGGAUUCCAAUAGUAGUGCGGACGAGAGAGCACGACGACGUCAUCAAAAAAAGAAAACAAAGAAAAGUAAACACGAUCGUUCCCGCACGCGUUCUCGGUCCCGUUCUCGUAAUGGGCGUGCCAAGUAGUACAAAGAUAGAAAAUCCAAUUACGCCAUUGUUGAUUCAUUUGAAAACUUUAUUUUAUUUAAACAUUUAUGUAUCAUCAGAAGACGCAUAGUUUUCAUAUAUAUGCACGAUUAUCAUUAAAUUUCAAUUAACUCAUAAUCACAAAAAUGUCUUUCUUUGAGAAUCUUUGGGGCCCAUACAAACUUAGAGUUAGAAAUGUCGUGAUGUAUAGGUUUCCAAAAUGCCUUACUUUUAUGAUUUUAGCUAGUUAUGUGAAUGAUAAUACUUUCAAUAUGCCCAUAGCAUACUUAUAUUUUACGAUAUACUAUAUUUAUUGAUUAGGAUGUAUGUAUGUAUGAGAUGGCAAAGUAAAUGACUUAGUGUUAUAUAUUCGAAUGUGUUUUCUUUGUUUUUUGUUUCCGUCGAAUACGCUGGAUUGUGUGUGUGUGCACGUGA